GGACAUGCAAUUGAAUGAAUAUUGCGACGUCUUAUUGGCCUUCACGAACAUUUUACCGAAUAUUUCCGAUCUAGGGACGACUUUGGAUUGCCUGCUAGGGCUUUCUAUUUACCUGCUGACUCGGAGCAUCAUGUUGAAUCAAUUUCAAAGAGUAGAUAUGGUACAAAGUCGCGAUGCCUUUAAAUUUCUCCAUCAACGGUCUUGCUUCCUUUCUCCGUCGAAAUCGAAUUUCCGUCCGGGUCAUACGUACCGUGCCUAGUCGCAGAAGAAGCUCUGCGUCAUCAACUUGCUCGGACACGGCUCUGAGCUGUAUACCUUCUCCCCCGCCUCUAUCUAUCAAGGCUAGAACGGCAGAACCACCUGACACAGCUACUACACCGGAAUAAACGCGCCUUUCAUCUAUUAAAUGGAACGGAAUUUGGCUUUAGAUAGCUCAACCUCGGAAAAAUAUUUUCGAAUAGCAUCCAUAUCUAUCGCGUUUUACGAUUAUAUCAUCACACUCCCUGCAGAAUGGCGGUUUUACCGAAGUCAACCGUCAAUUUUCCGUAUCAGCCUUGCCUGCGUUUUGUUUGUUCUCAUACGCUAUGUCAGUGCCCUGGUCAUGAUAUUCAGCAAUUAUGGAUACUUCGCCACCGGCUUUAGCCAACAAACGUGUCAACAUUACUAUCUCACGACGCCUGCCUUCAAAGUUAUGCAAUCUAUGGUAUCACAGUUUAUCCUAGGUGUUAGGACAUUCAAUAUCGCAAGGAGAGAUAGGAGGAUAGGAAUUGCACUGUUACUGCUAUACCUCAUCUCCAUUUCGGUGGAAUGGUUCACUGAUCUAUAUCACCGGAUCCCUGUCGUUGUUAAUGGAAACUGCACCCCGGUAGAUUCUGGUAAGACAUUAUCUGCGUGGCUCUACUACCUCGCUGUGAUGUUGUAUGACCUCGUGAUGUUGACGGUUUCCACCACGCAUCUUCUGCGUUAUAAUCCUCUGAGCAGCAGAGUAGGUCGAUUAGUACGAGUCCUGAUUUAUGAUGGUAUUGGAUAUUUUAUCGUGCUAUCAGCGGCAAACCUAUUGAACCUCAUUCUUUAUCAUACGACCGAUUCGGAGACUCAAUUGGCGGGGGCAUCACUGGGUUAUGCUGUAACAUGGAUUAUGAGCCAACGGAUCCUCAUAAAUAUACGAGAAAUGUCAGAGCCAGACCCUCGACGCCUAGAAACUGUGGUCGUCGCGCGUCCCACACACAGCAGUGCGCGGAAGAACGUGGUGUCCGGUCUCCGCUCACAGUUCGAAUCUAAAAGCCACUCUAAAAGUCCCAUCGAUCCAGAGUCCCCGCCCACAUCAUCUCGUAAUGGACAUCCCGACGACGUGGAACUUGAUAUACGUGUAUGCGUCGAGCGUUCGGUGAAGGUGGACUAUGGUUAUGAGCAUUCGGAUUCGUGGGAUAAGCCGGCGGUGAAAUGAACUUGGAGGCACCAGCGCCUAUCAAGUCAUCCAUAUACCCGUGUUCAGUACUACUAGUAUUGUCCCAAGUGCCGUGUUCGCGCAGGUCUGAAAUGUUGGAUAUAGGAUAGGGAAUCAAGAACUAGACAGUGC